UUCUCCGUCGCAUUCCACGUUCGGUUAUCUCUUCGGUUCUGUCGAAUAAUUUCAUUCUUGUAAACGUAAGAUUCGUUUUGGAUUAAAUAAAAUUGGCGAAACACUUAUUGGAAAUUUUUAAUAAUCGUGGAUACGUUUAUUUCGAUAGAAAGGAUCGUAAAGAAAAUCGAUUCGCGAACGGUUCUCUCGAUGUGCCUGCACAUUGUUUAAUUAUCGCUAUUUCUCGAUUGUAUUCCCUAAUCCUGAAAGUAUGCGAUCGUACAUAACAAUCGGACGCGCGCAUGCGCGUCCCGGACGUGUUCCUGCGUUAUCCCCGCGUUUCUGCGUAAAUCGCGGUCAUAAAGUCAACAGCAGGAGGCGCAUGCGUUGCUAACAUCACACGACAUCGCGACGCGUGGCGAGCGUCAGUUAGCGUCAGUCUUUACUUGUUCGUCGUGUUGCACGGGUCCGUGUGCUCCCCUCCUCUCACACUCUCUUUUUCUCUUUCUCUCCUUUUCUCUUUCCGGACCUACGGCUUUGGUGAAAGAUUCGCCCUACGCAAAAUGGCGGCACAGGCUACCACCAGGAGGCGACCGAAUGAACACGAGGAGAAACCGACCACCAGAAACGGAUUAACCUUUUGCGAAGACAUCUUAACUAAAGACCAUGCCGGUUUACAGAGCAAUGGACGUGUACAGUUUCCAGAGAAAGCGACAAAAGCAGAGUCACCAAACACAAGAUCGAAGGAAUCGUUCGAGAGGGUACCAUUCAUCACAGCAGCAUUGACCCACCUUGGCUUCUAUAUUCUUAUGUUCCUGGGUUUUAUAAACCAAUUGUUUUUCACACCGAAAGUCGCGAAAGAGUACAACAGAGAGGGCUACGCGCCGCUUUACGAAAAUUUCGAAAGGUUUUAUCUUCGUUACGUGUACAGAAGAGUGAGAGACUGCUGGAACAGGCCGAUAUGCUCUGUUCCAGGCGCAACCGUUACGCUCAAAGAUAGAGUAACAUCGGAUUACGGAUGGUCGUUUCAGUUUACCGGAACCACCACGAAAUGUAUAAAUCUGGGAUCGUACAACUAUUUGGGCUUCGCCGAGUCGACCGGGAUAUGCGCUGACGAGAGUAUCGAAACUUUAAAAAAGUUCGGUUGUGCCAGCGGCAGUGCACGUCUCGAACUUGGUAACAUGCCGAUUCACGAGGAGCUGGAAAAACUGACGGCUAGAUUUCUUGGUGUAGAGGACGCAAUCGUUUUUGGAAUGGGAUUCGCGACGAACGCUCUCAAUCUACCUUCGUUGUUGACAAAAGGUUGCUUGGUGCUUAGCGACGAGAAGAAUCAUGCUUCCUUAAUACUUGGAUUAAGAUUGUCCGGUGCCACUAUCAGAGUGUUCAAUCAUAAUAAUGUAAAACAUUUGGAGACUCAGUUGAGAAGUGCCGUCGUUUUCGGCCAGCCAGGAUCUGGGAAACCUUGGAAAAAGAUAGUAAUCGUGGUCGAAGGUGUUUACUCCAUGGAGGGUUCCAUUGUACAUUUGCCCGAAAUUUUGGAGCUGAAAAAGAAGUACAAAGCAUACGUUUAUCUGGAUGAAGCUCAUAGUACGGGCGCGUUAGGCAAACACGGAAGAGGCGUAUGCGAUUACUACGGAAUUGAUCCACGGGAGGUGGACAUACUCAUGGGAACAUUUACGAAAAGCUUUGGAUCCGCUGGCGGAUAUAUUGCUGGAACAAAGACAUUAAUAAAUCAUUUAAGGAUAUAUAGUCACGCGCAUACCUAUGCAACGGCGAUGUCCCCGCCAGUGGCACAGCAAAUUAUUACAUCCAUGAAAAUAAUUGCCGGCGAGGACGGCACGAACGAUGGACAGAAGAGAACGAAACAGCUGGCAAGGAACACCAGGUACUUCAGACGUAGAUUGAAUCAAAUCGGAGUCAUCAUUUACGGAAACGAAGAUUCGCCGGUAGUACCUAUGUUAGUCUAUCUGUUUUCAAAAAUUGGUGCAGUUGUACGGACGUUAACGAUGUAUAACAUAGCAGCGGUAGGUGUUGGAUUCCCAGCAACUCCUCUAAUGGAAGGUAGAAUACGUUUUUGCCUGUCUGCUGCACACACUAAGCAACAGUUGGACUAUGUAUUGUCACAUAUCGAAAGUCUUGCGGACUCGUUGGGCCUAAGAUAUUCUCGGAAAGUUCGCGACCCAGCACCGAUUGAGUAUUACUCCGACGGAGAGAACGAAUGACCUACCACUUAGAUAAUAGCCUCUAUAGGACGUAUACUUUACUCCAAAGAAGCGCGUCGCACUUCUGCGGACAAUGCACUGGUAUUAUAUUACCGCAAUUGCAUUUAUUUCAUACUCUGCUUCUUACAUCGAGACCAUUUCGCUGUGACAAAAGCAUUAACACGUUAAGCUUCGGUUUCAUUCCAAAUAUUCUUUGGGCCCACUUGGCGCUUAACAUGUUAAACAAUAACGUGCCAGGUGCAGUAACGCAGAAUAUUGCAGAAGUUUCUAUUUUACAUAGAUAGUAUUCCUCAAUAAAAUGUUAAAGAACUUUUAUCAUAGCGCGAAUAGUUAAAAGAUUAGUACUUGAACCAGAUUAGCAAGAGGUAUUUGUCAUUUCAACUUACUUUUCGAAUUCAUACAAUAAUUGAAGACAAGAAUUAUCAGAUUUAGCUGCCACAUUAAGAGAAUACAAGGUUUCAAAUGUGUAUGCUGUUCAGAAUGUCAUUAUAUUUGACACGUUUAUACACAUUUCUAAAGUAAUUUUUAUUUUGAAAAAUAAUUGUUUACAAAGGAAAAUGUUUUUUAAUUCCUUUACAUUUCCCCCUAACAAUUCAUGGUUAAUUAGCAUUUUAAGAAACCGUAAUUCAUUUCGAAAUGAAUAUCAAAACGCGUGUAGACACUUAGAAAGGUAACUUCAUGUAUUUUUUUAUUAAAUUAACAUAUCGUAACUAAA